AUGCGGUGCUGCGCGCGCGGGGAGACGCGCGGAAGGGGCGGUGCCGGCGACGGGGGGGGGGCGGAUGCGCGUGAACACCCACCCGGGCGAGUGACCGACGACGCCGUCGCGGACGAUGACUCGACCGACGUCGACGAUGCGGGCGAGCGCGGUGCGAUCGAUGCGAGGGCGUGGGAUGGAUCGACGUCGACGUGUGGGUCGAUCGAGUACGGGGAGGAAGGGGGGCGACGAAGCGCGUGGGAUCGCGCCGAGGCGGGCGCCGAGGCGGGCGGCGGCGCGGACGCGUCGCCGACGCAUAGCACGUUUGGAAGGGAUAGCGAGCGUAAGAGACGGAUGCGAAAGACGUCGAGGCUCUUGGCGGAGCGCUUGGGGGGGCGAGUGAGCGCGUCGAGCGAUGAUGAAGAGUUCGCGAGCGGGUACGAGCGCGCGCGGGCGGGCGGCGACGAGGAGCGCGGUUUUGGUUUCGUCUCGAAGGCGGACAUCGCGGAGCGGAAGCGUCGAGAGGAAGAGCGUAAGGAUGAGGAGCGGCGCGCGAAGAAGGAGGCGAAAAAGCGCGAGCGGCGUGAACGACGCGAACGUGAGCGCCGCGAGGCGGCGGAGAGCGAGACGGCGAGUCUGUUAGAUAACGGGGGGCGUCCGAGGAAGCGAAUGUUCUUCAAGGCGUCGGUAGUGACCAAGGUGAUCGUUGCCUCCGCCGCCGUCGUCGCGUGCGGGGUCGGGGCGGUGAUGUACGCGCGCGGUGGCGGCCACGAUUUUCCCAACAUGAUGAAAAUCAGGAGCGGAGAAACCACGCUCACGACGGCGGAUCCCGCGCUUCAGCCAUUGAAGUCGACGACGGAUACGAUAUUGAAGCAAGGGACGAGUGGUGAGAGUAAUUCGACGAAAGAAGACGCGAGUGAUGAGAAGAAGGUUGAAGUCAACGAAGCGGGGUCGGGUGAGAAAAGGAAUAAGUCAAAGAAAGACGCUGACGCGGACGAUGACGACGACGACGACGACGACGACGACGACGACGAUGAAUCCUCCGAGAAGAGGAAGAAAAAUUCAAAGAAGAAGUUCGUCGAGGCCUCGCUCGGCGUGGUGCGCUUGAAUGACGACGUGAAGGUGACUUCCGCUUGCUCGCCAAUACACAGCGAAUCCGUCCACGGAAUAUAUCGUCAGUACAACAAGGCGUGUAUGGGUGAAGGGCACAAACCGACGGGAUGCAUGCAGUCCACGAGCGAGGGUUGCCAAAGUUGUUUCCUCGAUGGCUCGCCCGCGUCGACUCAGAGUGGCUCGUACGCGCGGUGUUCUCAUCACGUCUGCAGCGCCUUCGGCGUCAAAGGCUGCGAUCCGGAUCCGUUGGCCGGCGAAAAAGAUCAAACGGAUGAGGUAAAAGAAACUGAGGCGAAAGAGGGCGAUGACGGAGAGGAGAAAAAGCCCUCAACCAGACCACGCACCUGGACCACGCCAAAGAAGUCUCUCUCGCGUCUCGCCGCGUCGAACGAAAACUCUGGUGACCUCGAGACGUGCCUUCCGAACCUCGAGGACGCUAAGCGCGGGAUAUUUCAAUACUCCGAACGCUAUUGCCGAACCAUGGGGCACACCGACGUGGACUACUCCGGCUGCGUCUCCGUCGGCAAGUCCUCUUGUCGCAUGUGCGUCACCAAGAGCGCCAGCGGCGCUGGCGCGGCGUUCUCAGUCUGCCCUCGCUCGGUGUGCGAGAACCAUGAUUUAUUGUAUCAACAGUGCGCCGAUGAGUCCUCGGAACGAUAG